GUUGCCACUAGCUUGAAGAUGAAGAGGCAGAAUAUCUUGAAUUGCAGCUUCUCAAACUGGUAUGCAUUGUUUAGACGAUGCUCUAUCGACAGUAGGAUAAUAAAACUUCCAGUAGAAUUCAUUGAAUAUCUGCUUGCAGAUGGAGUUGUUUUACCCAGUUCGGAUGAAGAUCAAUUGAUUGAGACAGCACAAAACAUGGACCUUGAUGAUGAAGAGAGCUCUGACUCUUGGAGUGAUGAUGAAGAAUAUGAAAUUUCUGUUCCAAAAUUUUGCAAUCUGGAAAAGGACAUUAAAAAUGCGAUUACAGCUUUAGGAGGUGCCGUUUUCCCUAAACUUAACUGGAGUGCUCCAAGAGAUGCAUCGUGGAUAAGCCCGGAUGGGACAUUGAAAUGUAGAUCGUUCCAAGAUAUAUGUCUUUUGUUGAAAAGCUCAGACUUUAUUGCUUAUGACCUCACAAAAGCAUUUGAAUGCUGUGAGGAUUCGACUGUCAGCCAGUCAAAAGACAAAUUCGAACUUAUCUUAAGAAGGUGGAUUGAAAUAUCGCCAGCUAUGGAAUUCAGAUGCUUUGUCAAAAGAAACCAGUUAAUUGCUAUAUCACAAAGGGAUUACACAAAUUUCUAUGAUUUUGUUGUUGUAUCAAAGGAACAAAUUCACAAAGAUAUCACUAAUUUCUUUAAAACAAAAAUAAAGUCCAAAUUUAUGGAUGAUGAUUAUGUAUUUGAUGUAUACAGAUAUAGGGAAGGAUGUGUGCAACUUAUUGAUAUAAAUCCAUUCUCAAAAGUCACUGAUGGAUUGCUGUUCUCUUGGCAAGAGAUAAAUGACAUAUCCUUAAAUCAUUCAGACAGUAAUUCUGAAACACAGGGUGAAAUGAGAGUUAUCAUAAGCAAAGAAAAUAUUCAGCCAAGUCCAUAUUUGUCUUACAGCAUGCCAAGAGAUAUUGAUGACAUUGCCUCAGGAGGGGAUACAAACAAACUAGUAGAGUUCUUAAAAGAGAGAAAUUCAUGAACUUGAAAGGCUAGAAUAAAACUUUAUUAUAUGCUACAAACAGUUAACUCUGUAGUCUUAUUGAAUUGCUUUAACAAAGUUUUUAGUUGUCACUAAAAUUACCUGAUUAACAGUGCUUUUUAUCAAGUCAAUAUCCUAGCAAUAGCACAAACAUAUACAUCUACCUGCUCAUUCUUAUUGCACCCACAGUGCAACUAUCUAUAAGAGAUACUAAAAGAAAAUUAUACAAAAUGUUCUGGUUGUGGUAAAGCUCUUUGUCAAGUGUGCAAUGUCAUAAGUAACUGUGAUAGUUUUAAGUACCGGUAAGUAAUAUAGGAUUGAAUUAUUUGUCAAGGCCCCUUUUUUAAUGAGAAAAUAUCAUUAAUUUUCAUAUUUUACUUGUGUUUGACAUGUUUUACAGCAUUGAAUGGGACUUUUUGCAGUUCGUAAAUAGAG